CAGUGUAAGUGUCUUGAACAACAACUGAUAUUGCAGAAGUAUUUUGUGGAAGACUACCAGGUUGUGUCUUGCCAGACACUAUAUCUUCAGUACUUCAAGAAAGGCAACAGAUGUUCUUCUUGUGAAUUUUUAACUAGCUAUUACUAAUUAAACAAUUUUGCUUUUGAUAUUGGGCCUAAAUAUGAGAGAAUGCAUCUAUGUGAUAAGUGUGCACUAUAUAAAACAAAUCCUGCAGCAGGCAAUGCAUGAGAAAAAAACAAAGUGCAACUGUGUUUUUGGAUUAAAACAGCAAAUUUUUGGUGUAUUUUCAUGUUUUUUUAUAGUAGCAUUCACCGUUUCUUAGUCUCAUUUGAUAAAAUAGAGGAUGUAUUACAGAAAUGACUUUGAUGGAUUUUAGUACAGAAAAUAACUUGAAAUUGAGUUCAGAGUAGUGGAAAUGUUCUGUUUUUGCUGAUAUUAGAGGGUAAACAAUCGCAUCACGUGUCCAAUACACGUCAGCUGGCGGGUUUAAUGUGUGCUGCUGUAUGCACUGAUAUUAUUUAUACAGUUAUUACAAUAUUGCAUAACAGUAACUUUUCUAUUUUUUGUGUGCAUAAAAAUAAUUUGUGAAUAAGAAAUCAAAAUGAAAUUCAUCUGUAAAGCCUACAAAUGUAACUAAUAAGUAGUAAAAAUGUUAGUUUAGUGCCAGGUUGCCUGAAUUGAUUAUUCUGGACCCUACUUUGAAAUUGGAAUAUUUUGAAUUUUGUGUGAAACUGGCCAUAUUACCAAUACCAGGUUGCCUGCUUUGAUUAUUCUGGACCCUAUUUUGAAAUUGGAAUAUUUUGAAUUUUUUGUGAAAUUGGCCAUAUUUCCAAUUUCCAAUCACUUUAUUGGGAAGUUGAAAUAGUUGAAUUGGGCAGUUUUAUGUGCUUAAUUGAUAAUAUAGAACACAUACUAGUGAAAUAGCUAAGAAUUUGGUCUAACGGAACUAUAUAAUUGGCCAAAAACAGGACUCAAAGUGGGCAAAAUUGCCAAUGCUUAAAUAUUUCUGACACGGCAAAAUUUACAGGAGUAUAACCUCAUCAAUUCUUUAUAAAAUUAUUUCAUUUUAUUACAUUAAGAAAAAGAUUCUCUAUGAUUUCCUAAGAGAAAAUAAUAUUUUUUAGACCCCAUGUGGAAUUUUCAGAUUGGGUGUCUGAACCCUCAAAGGGUCAAUAAAAGAAUCAAGAGAAAUUUGUUUAAACACAAGAACAAAUAAUAAUAAUAAUAAUAAUAUUUUUUAAUGUAUCUGUAGGGUUCUAGUACAUAUAUUAAUCUUUUAACACAAAACAAAAAUUAUGAAUGUGUUUUAACAAUAUGAACUUUAUUAGUGCUCAUAAGUAGAAAAAGUUUUACCUAAAUAAAUCUUAACAUGGGAAUAUGUUCAUAAGGAAAACCAUGUGUUCAGUGUUCAAAAUAGUUAAAAAAAAUCAUAAAGUAGACUUGUGAGAACAUAAGGAAGAUUAACUAUAAAACUGUUGUAUGACUAAAAUAUUUUAAAUGAAAUUCCUUCAUUUAAAAAAUAUGGGAAAACAUAAAGAACACAAACCAUAUGAAUGUUCUGAGUGUCUGAAAUGUUUUAGUAAAAAAAGUAAUCUUGUGUCACAUGCGAGAGUACAUACAGGAUAUAAACCAUAUCAUUGCGCUGAGUGUCUGAAAUGUUUUAGUGUAAAAGGCAGUCUUGUAACACACAUGAGAGUACAUACAGGAGAUAAACCAUAUCAAUGUUCUGAGUGUCUGAAAUGUUUUAAUCAAAAAUACAAUCUUGUGACACACAUGAGAGUACAUACAGGAGAUAAACCAUAUCAAUGUUCUGAGUGUCUGAAAUGUUUUAAUCGAAAAAGCAGUCUUGUGACACACAUGAGAGUACAUACAGGAGAUAAACCAUAUGAAUGUUCUGAGUGUCUGAAAUGUUUUAAUCAAAAAUGCAAUCUUGUGACACACAUGAGAGUACAUACAGGAGAUAAACCAUAUCACUGUUUUGAGUGUCUGAAAUAUUUUAGUGAAAAAAGCACUCUUGUGACACACAUGAGAGUACAUACAGGAGAUAAACCAUAUCAAUGUUCUGAGUGUCUGAAAUGUUUUAAUCAUUCAAGCAGUCUUGUGACACACAUGAGACUGCAUACAGGAAAUAAACCAUAUCAAUGUUCUGAGUGUCUGAAAUGUUUUAAUCAAAAAAACAGUCUUGUGACACACAUGAGAGUACAUACAGGAGAUAAACCAUAUCAAUGUUCUGAGUGUCUGAAAUGUUUUAAUCAUACAAGCAAUCUUGUGACACACAUGAGACUACAUACAGGAAAUAAACCAUAUCAGUGUUCUGAAUGUCUGAAAUGUUUUAAUCAAAAAAACAGUCUUGUGACACACAUGAGAGUACAUACAGGAGAUAAACCAUAUCAAUGUUCUGAGUGUCUGAAAUGUUUUAAUCGAAAAAGCAACCUUAUGACACACAUGAGACUACAUACAGGAGAUAAACCAUAUCAAUGUUCAGAGUGUCUGAAAUGUUUUAAUCGAAAAAGCAGUCUUGUGACACACGUGAGAGUACAUACAGGAGAUAAACCAUAUCAAUGUUCUGAGUGUCUGAAAUGUUUUAAUCAAAAAAACAAUCUUGUGAGACAUACUCAAGUUCAUUCAAGAGAUAAAACAUGUUAGUGUUUAAUAUUUCAGAAAUAUUUUAGUUAUAAACUCAUCAGAAUAUAUAAAAGGGAUAUACCAUAACAGUGUUGAGAGUGAAAUAUGUUAAUGAAAUGUCAGUCAUAUAAAUCAUAUAAGCUCAUAGAGGAGAUCCUCUUCAAUGGGGGCUCCUUGGCAUGGUGAAGAGGCUCUUGGCCUGAGGAGUUAGACCUGUCGGUCUCCUUCCUGAGACUGAACCUAAUUACCCUUCAAUCCCCCAUUCCCUAUCCCAUCCUCCCCAUCCUCCCCUUUUUCCUUUCCUCCUCCUCCUCUCCACCCCUCCCUUUUGCCCUUCCUUUUUGUGCCUUUGGGAUUUUUUUUUUUUUCCCUGCAGGCACGCUAGUUCCUAGGUAGGGGAAAGGGUACUGGGGUCCAUCCCAUUCCGUUGAGGUUCUUGGCGGUGGCGUAGUUUGCCAUGGAAUCUGGAUCACCUGGGGAUGUCCCGAUCCCUCUCCGGUAUCCCGGAGGGUGGCUUUGGGUGUCUCUCGGGUGACGGGUGUAUCUCUGGAAGCCACCUUUCGGAUUCCGGGGGUGGUGGCCGAUGGAGGUAUGCUUUGUGGUGGAUUUCCGACCGCCCUCUCUUUUGUCCACUGAGGUAGCUCGGCAGAUGUGAGGUUGCUAUCCCGGAUUGCCGGUUUACUGACAUGAUGGGUAGAGUAUGGCACGGGUUCCAUGCUGCAUCUGCGCUACUUGCGGUGCUGAGGUCCUCUUGGGCACGGAGGGAGAUUUCUGGCUCUUUCAUUCCUCCUAAGAACUAUCCCUCCCCGGUCCCCCCUUUUUUUAUUCAUUUUUUUAUUUUUAUUUUCUUUUCUUCUUUCUUUUUUUUUCUUAAAAAUAAAAAGAAAGAAGUAACCUAAUCAUGGCAGCCCUAGGCCAUGAACCUGCUUCCCCCAGGCCCCUUCUUGAUACCGCACCCCAUUCUGACCCCGCUUCGUCUUUGGACCACUCUUCGGACACUCCUCAUGCCUCUGUACCUCUUGCCGGUGCUGUUUCCUCACCCGCUUCAGGUACUGAGGCCUCGACUGACUCCUUUGAUUUAUCUGACCUUCGCUCUCCUCUGACUAUGCUUCCGGCCUCUCCCUCUGCGGUGUGGCAAUUUUCGAAUCGCCGGCCCGUUCCACGUCGGACCAACUCUGGUCACACACCUAAACGCCAACGACAAUUACCUGCUGAUGAUACUUCUCCACCUUCUCGUUCUUCUCAGAAAAGAUCGACACGUCCUUCACUACCUUUCCACGCUCAGUUUCAGACUGCACAAUGGACUAAAUUCUUCACUUACGACUUCCUCUACUGCCUAUCUUUCUGACCACAGUAUUGGCAAGGCACUCCUACGCCAUGUUGGUAAAGAUAUUUCUUUUCAUGCUCUUAAGAGCGGUACGCGCAUCAUCACCGUACAGAAUGCUACCCAGGCUCAUGAGCUUUCUCGUCUUUCCCAUAUCGAUACUGUUCCUGUCACUAUUGAAAACCAUCAUUCCCUCAAUUCUUGUAGUGGUACUGUCAUUCUGCCCCAUACCAUAGUUCAACAAAAUUUCCAGACAUGUGGCACUGACAUUCUUGAACAGCUGGAACUCCAAGAUCUCCCAAUCCUCAAGGUAGACACUUAUGUUCUUCCUGCCCGCGGGCGGAGACAAUACCCUAGCAAUGUGGCUCGUUUAACUUUUGACAGCCGUGAACUCCCAUCCUCAGUUUAUGUAGCAGGACAUCGGUUACAAGUUCGAAAGGUGAUCCCUACACCGCAACAGUGUAGAAAUUGCUGGUGAUUUGGCCAUCCAGCGAAAUACAGUGGACCCUCAACCAGCGAUUGCAUCGAUUAAUGAUAAAUCUGACUAGCGAUACAUUUUAACGCAAAAGUUUUGCCUCAACUAGCGCUUAAAAACCCGACCAGCGCUAUUCGUUCCGUACCAUACGCGUCCACUUUGGCCUGAGUGCGCCUCACUUGUCCCUUGGCGCCAGUGUUUACAAGCCAGCCAGCCACCGCGGUCGCUUCCAAACAUUCAACAACUGGAACAUUUCAUAUUAUCACAGCCUUUGUAGUGAUUGCACCUGCAGAAUAAGUCACCAUGGGCCCCAAGAAAGCUUCUAGUGCCAACCCUACAGCAAAAAGGAUGAGAAUUACUAUGGAGAUGAAGAAAGAGAUCAUUGCUAAGUAUGAAAGUGGAGUGAGUGUCUCUGAGCUGGUCAGGUUGUAUAAUAAACCCCAAUCAACCAUCGCUAUUAUUGUGGGUAAGAAAACGGCAAUCAAAGAAGCUGUUCUUGCCAAAGGUGCAGCUGCUGCUGCACCACAGUCAGCUGUUGUUGUUGCUGCACCACCAUCAGCUGUAUUACUCGAAGAUGUGGAGAGAGUGUUGUUGGUGUGGCUUAACGUGAAACAAUUACCGAGAAACGAUUAACCCCAGAGGGUCAGGUUGUAUAAUAAACCCCAAUCAACCAUCACUACUAUUGUGGGUAAGAAAACGGCAAUCAAGGAAGCUGUUCUUGCCAAAGGUGCAGCUGCUGCUGCACCACAGUCAGCUGUUGUUGUUGCUGCACCACCAUCAGCUGUAUUACUCGAAGAUGUGGAGAGAGUGUUGUUGGUGUGGCUUAACGUGAAACAAUUACCGAGAAACGAUUAACCCCGGAGGGUUAGCCACCCAGGAUAACCCAAGAAAGUCAGUGCAUCAUCGAGGACUGUCUAACUUAUUUCCAUUGGGAGUUCUUAAUCUUGUCCCCCAGGAUGCGACCCACAACAGUUGACUAACACCCAGGUGAACAGGAAAAAAUGCCUGGAACUAGUGCUCAUAUUGGUGAGGUUAGUGGGGAGGAUGUGGAAGAGUUGGUGGAGGAGGACAAUGACGAACUAACCACUGAUGAGCUGCUAAAGCAUCUUCAACAGUAAGAGGCCACACCUGAGGAAACUACUUCAGAGGAGGGGAGAGAGAAAUUGAAGAAGUUGCCUACUUCAAAGAUUAAGGAAAUGUGUGCAAUGUGGCUUAAAGUGCAAACCUUUUUUGAUGAAAAUCACCCUCACACAGCUAUUGCAAGCCAUGCUGGUGACUAUUACACUGACAAUGUUGUGAAACACUUUAGGAUAAAGGAACGAGAGGUACAGGCCUCUAUGGACAGAUAUGUUGUGCGACAGAAGUCCAGUGACUCUCAAGCUGGUCCUAGUGGCAUUAAAAGAACAAGGGAAGUAACCCCAGAAAAAGACUUGCUACCUCAAGUGCUGAUGGAAGGGGAUUCCCCUUCUAAACACUAACAAGAUCAACGGUCUCCCCUCCUCCCAUCCCAUCAAUCAUCACCAGAUCUUCAAUAAAGGUAAGUGUCAUGUAUCUGUGCAUGUCUUCUUCAGUUUGUGUGUAUUAAAAUUAAUAUUUCAUGUGGUAAAAUUUUGUUUUUUUCAAUACUUUGGGGUGUCUUGCACGGAAUAAUUUGAUUUCCAUUAUUUCUUAUGGGGAAAAUUAACUUGACUAACGAUUAUUUUGAUUAACGAUGAGCUCUCAGGAACGGAUUAAUAUCGCUGGUUGAGGGUCCACUAUAUUGCAAAGCUAUCGCCGAAUGCCUGGUCUGUGGUGCCGAUGACCAUUCUAAUAAGUCUUGCAAUCUACCUCCCUCUUGCCUUAAUUUUCAUGAGGCUCACCCUUCGUACUCGCGCCGUUGUCAGAUCUACUUAAACGAGCGGGAAAUCUGUUAGCUCAAAGAGGCAGAAGGUCUCUCUUAUGCCAUGGCAGUUUCUCAUCUCUGCCUCCAAGGGAGACUACCUCGUGUUUCUUAUUCCCGUGUUUCAAAACGUCCCCCCACUUCUGGGAUCCCAUCUUCUGCAACCACCUCUGUGGUUACCUCUCACAUAGUCACUCCUGUAUCUAAUUAUUUUGCUGUCCUAGGCUCAGACGUCCCUACUUCAACGCCUCAGUCUGAUCUCGCUUCUUUGUGUUCUCCCUCACAAGCCUCAGUAGCGACGAGAUCUCGUAUGACACCUCCUCCUAAUCGUCCCUCUACUUCUCAAAAGUCAAAAAAAGGUCCGUUAACACCUCCUACCCAUCUUCCACCUCCUCAUUUUACCUUCCCUGUCUCUGUACCUGGUUCUUCCCCUCUCACUGGCUCUGUUACAAUUGUAGAGGUUCACCCUCCUCCUCAUACUCUACCUUCCUCCUCUGUUCCCUCAAAAGUUUCUUCCUUUUCUGCCACCUCCCAGGUUUCUGCCUCUUCUCCUCUUCAAGGGGGGCUCCUUGGCGUGGUGAAGAGGCUCUUGGUCUGAGGAAUUGGACCUCUUGGUCUCCUUCCUCAGACCGAACCUAAUUACCCCCCAAUCCCCCUUUCCCUAUCCCAUCCUCCCCAUCCUCCCCUUUUUCCUUUCCUCCUCCUCCUCCCCACCCCUCCCUUUUGCCCUUCCUUUUUGGCCUUUGGGAUUUCCCCCCCCACAGGCACGCUAGCACCAUUGUUCCUCAUCAUCCUGCCAACAAUGGGUUAGCGGAACGAACCAAUAAGAAAGUACUUGAUUACUUGAGAGCCACUAUCAAUCCCAACAGUGAAACUUGGGAUGAAGUUAUACCUGAUGUGCAGUGUGCUAUAAAUUCUGCUUACAAUGUUUCUAUAGGUGACAAUCCACAUCAUGCAUUGUACGGUGUAGAUAAACGUUUGCCUUAUGAGUUGUUAUAUUCUAAUCCGAAACCAAAUUACAACCCUGAUGAUUUCAUAGCAACUCGUACCAGCUUAGCUCAAAGUGUUUUUAGAAGAAUCCAUGAAACACUUCAUAAAUCAACAGCAGAAUUUACAAGAGUCGCAAACACUCGAGCAAAGCCAUCCAAAAUCAAAGUAGGUUCGAGAGUUAUGUUGACUAACUUUAACAAAACGUCUGCAAUGCCAAAGCUUGAUCAAAAGUUUGUUGGUCCUUAUCGAGUAGUUGAACGUAUCACUGGUAAUAAGUAUAAGGUUAGAGAGAUUAGUACUGGUCAGUAUAAAGAAUCGCAUUUAGAUCAUAUGAAGUUAGUAUGUGAUGAUAAUGAUGUUCCAACCCAGACUAAUGUGACAGACUCUGACAAUCCUCCUGAUCCUGUACUCUCUUCCUCUGAUACUCAGUCAGACGAUCAACCUGAAUGUCGUUAUUCCCUACGUACACGACAGGUAUUGAGAAAUCCUCAAGUAUCAUUUGUAACAUCCAAUUCAGAUUUGCCUCAAAUACAGCAUGAGUUAGCCAAUGCAACAGAGUUUGAUCCUCCCAGAGAUGACUCCCAUUCUGCAUAUGUCAAUCUUACCCUAGCAGAGUUGGGGUUAAAUGUAAAUAACCUGUGUAGAUGAAUAAUUACAGUAUCAACUUAUCAGUAUUCAAGAAUUUUUUUGUGUGUGUUCAUGUUCUCUCCGCAUUCUGAGAGUUAACAGUCUAGAUUUGAGUGCACCGAAUCUGCCUUUCUGUUAAACACUCUUUCUUUGUAUAUAUUCCUUCCUCAGAAUCCGUAGAUCACAUGAAUACAGAUCGAUCGAUCGAUCAAUUUUUUUUUUAUCACUUCUAUUGUGUAAUCCCAACGUUGAGUUUCAUUCGAUGAGUUGUGCUAUAUUAUACCUUGUAUUGCAUUACAGUUUCAGUUAUGUAAGCUUCCAUUCCAAUGUUCUACUUAUGUAUGUUAUAAUGUUCAAUUGUUGUGUACUUUGACAUUGUAUAGAAUCAGCCCAAGCCGUACACCUGCCAUCUCUAGUUUGUAUUAGUUGUAUGUCGGGACGACAUACGUUAGCGUCGCCGAGCUCUCAGUAGUAGUAACCAGUUACCAGUAACCAGUGUACCAGUAGAUGACUCUACCAACCGUCUCUGCCUGAGUCACUGUCUGUAUUCAUAUUGUGCUGACCACAGCAGUAUUCAAAGACCCCCUCACAUAUGGGUACUGUGGGCGGCCAGUCAGUCUGACGAGAGUGAGCAAGGAGAUUGGUAUGGCUGUUUGGGCGCUACCCACAUUAUCCAUAAUUAUACGUACUUCCAGCCUACGUGAGUAUUACUUUACCCUAUCCACGUGUUCGAACUCCCACAUGAUAAGGGUACCGGGGUCCAUCCCAUUCCGUUGAGGUUCUUGGCGGUGGUGUAGUUUGCUGUGGAAUCUGGAUUGCCUGGGGAUGUCCCGAUCCCUCUCUGGUAUCCCGGAGGGUGACUUUGGGUGUCUCUCGGGCGACGGGUGUAUCUCUGGAAGCCACCUUUAGGAUUCCGGGGGUGGUGGCCGAAGGAGGUAUUCUUUGUGGCGAAUUUCCGGCUGCCGUCUUUUGUCCACCGAGGUAGCUCGGCAGAUGUGAGGUUGCUAUCCCGGAUUGCCGGUUUACUGGCAUGAUGGGUAGGGUAUGGCACGGGUUCCAUGCUGCAUCUGCGCUACUUGCGGUGUUGAGGUCCUCUUGGGCACGGAGGGAGAUUUCUGGCCCUUUCAUUCCUCCUAGGAACUAUCCCUACUCAGUCCCCCCUUUUUUUAUUUUUAUUUUCUUUUUCUUUUUUUUCUUAAAAAUAAAAAGAAAGAAGUAACCUAACCAUGGCAGCCCUAGUCCAUGAACCUGCUACCCUCGGGCCACUUCUUGAUACCGUGCCCCGUUCUGACCCCGCUUCGUCUUUUGACCACUCUUUGGACACUCCUCAUACCUCUGUACCUCUUGCCGGUGCUGUUUCCUCACCCGUUUCAGGUACUGAGGCCUCAACUGCCUCCUUCGAUUUAUCUGACCUUCGCUCUCCUCUGACUAUGCUUCCGGCCUCUCCCUCUACGGUGCGGCAGUUUUCGAAUCACCGGCCCGUUCCACGUCGGACCAACUCUGGUCCCACGACUAAACACCAACGACAAUUAUCUGCUGAUGAUACUUCUCCACCAUCUCGUUCUUCUCAGAAAAGAUCGACACGUCCUUCACUACCUUUCCACGCUCAGUUUCAGAAUGCACAAUGGACUAAAUUCUUCACUACGACUUCCUCUACUGCCUAUCUUUCUGACCACAGUAUUGGCAAGGCACUCCUACGCCAUGUUGGUAAAGAUAUUUCUUUUCAUGCUCUUAAGAGUGGUACAUGCAUCAUCACCGUACAGAAUGCUACCCAGGCUCAUGAGCUUUCUCGUCUUUCCAAUAUAGAUACUGUUCCUGUUACUAUUGAAAAACAUCAUUCCCUCAGUUCUUGUAGUGGUACCGUCAUUCUGCCCCAUACCAUAGUUCAACAAAAUUUCCAGACAUGUGGCAAUGACAUUCUUGAACAGCUGGAACUCCAAGAUCUCUCAAUCCUCAAGGUAGACACUUAUGUUCUUCCUGCCCGCGGGCAGAGAUGAUACCCUAGCAAUGUGGCUCGUUUAACUUUUUACAGCCGUGAACUCCCAUCCUUAGUUUAUGUAGCAGGACAUCGGUUACAAGUUCGAAAGGUAAUCCCUACACCGCAACAGUGUAGAAAUUGCUGGCGAUUUGGCCAUCCAGCGAAAUAUUGCAAAUCUGUCGCCGAAUGCCCGGUCUUUGGUGCCAAUGACUAUUCUAAUACAUCUUGCAAUCGACCUCCCUCUUGCCUUAAUUGUCAUGAUGCUCACCCUUCGUACUCUCGCCGUUGUCAAGUCUACUUAAAUGAGCGGGAAAUCCGUUACCUCAAAGAGGCAGAAUGUCUCCCUUAUGCCAUGGCAGUUUCUCAUCUCCGCCUCCAAGGGAGACUACCUCGUGUCUCUUAUUCCCGUGUUUCAAAACGUCCCACCACUUCUGGGAUCCCAUCUUCUUCAACCACCUCUGUGGUUAUCUCUCACAUAGUCACUCCUGUAUCUAAUUCUUUUGCUGUCCUACUAGGCUAAGACGUCUUUACUUCAACACCUCAGUCUGAUCUCGCUUCUUGGUGUUCUCCCUCACAAG